AUAAUUCAAUUAAAAACGAAAAGAUUAAAUUUUACAAAUCAAAUCAUUUUUUUUCAAUAACAAAAAUUGAUAGCUAUUCAUUUUGAUUAAUAUGAAAGAUAGAAAAAUCUUUACUGCGUUAUUUGAGGGCGAACGUUGGAUACGAAUGAGGAUAUAGGUAAAAGAAAGACAUUCCUCUCUUCACAUACACAUUCAAUCAGUAAGUAAUCUCUUACUCAAUAAUUUCUAUUGAAAAAGCGAUUGGAUAGUUGCUGAUGUCCCAUCAUCAUUUAUUUGUUCGAAAGGAUUAAUUAUAUUACAGUACAUAAAAAUAAAAUCAUCUUUUCAAUUAUUGAAGGAUUACACAACUCACUUUUCAAUUUUCAAAUAUGAUUAUAAAUGAUAGCUAUAUAUGUUAUUUAAGAACAGAAUAUAUUCUUAUUCAAAUUCAGUUCUACAAUGACAAAAAUAACGACAAUCAAUUGUUUCGUCUUUGUUCUUUCGAGGUAUUUAAAAUUUCGUUGUUUUUGUUCUAGACUUUUCUAUGUUUAAAUAUAUUUCAUUUUAGUUUGAUAGGUUUGUUUACUAUUUCACCUUACAUGUUUAUCUAUAGUAUAACUGUAUCUAAUAGUUCGAACAAACUCUAAAAUAUGUAAUAGCACAACUGAAUAUGAUCGAUGUUCCAGUAAUAGUGCUUGUGGAUGCUUUCCUACGGUAACUGCUGAUAAUGUUGGUGUCUGUGCUUUUCUUUGGACAUUCUGUUCUCAACUUAUACCGUGUGGAUCCUUACAAGAUUGUUCUAAUCGAGAUCAUAUCUGUGUACACCAUUCUCGAUGUAGUAAUUUUCCUGUUUGCUAUCCAUUGUCGAUGAUGAAUGAAUCUAUUUGUCCACCACAAUCAAGCAAAAUAAAAUUCAGCAAAUGGAAUCAAAGUGCAACGACUGUCGCCGGAGGAAAUGGACGAGGAGAUAAAUUAAAUCAACUUAAUCAUCCUGUCGGAAUCUUUGUUGAUCAAAACAAGAAUAUUUUUAUUGCUGAUGAGGAACAUAAUCGUAUUAUGAGCUGGAAAUUAGAUGAACAACAAGGAACAGUUGUUGCUGGUGGAAAUGGACAAGGAUAUCGAAAGGAUCAGUUAUAUUGGCCAGCAGAUGUAAUUUUUGAUGAACAAAAUAAUUCAUUGAUCAUUGCUGAUCGGAAGAACAUACGAGUGGUUCGAUGGUUUAAUAAAAACCAACAAGAAAUUCUUAUUUCAAAUAUCGAUUGUUGGGGUUUGGCGUUGGAUAAAUAUGGAUUUCUUUAUGUUUCUAAUUCUCGAGGAACUGAAGUGAGAAGAUGGAAAGUUGGAGAAAAAGAAGGAAAAAUAGUUGCUGGAGGAAAUAAAGAAGGAAAUCAACUUAAUCAAUUGAAUUUUCCUACUUUUAUUUUUGUUGACAAUGAACAAUCAGUUUAUGUUUCAGAUAUGGGAAAUCAUCGUGUGAUGAAAUGGUUAAAAAAUGCAAAAGAAGGUACGAUUGUGGCUGGAGGAAAUGGAAGCGGAGAUAAUCUUAAUCAAUUGAAUCGUCCUAGUGGAUUAUUUGUUGAUGAUUAUGGUCAAAUCUAUGUGACAGAUCAAUGGAAUAAUCGAAUAAUGCGUUGGAGUGAAGGAAAUGCAGAAGGUGAAAUUAUUGUUGGUGGUAAUGGAUUAGGACAAGAUUCAAAUAAAUUGUCUUCUCCCCGUGACUUAUCAUUUGAUUCGGAAGGAAAUCUUUAUGUUAGUGAUCGUGAUCAAUCAAAAUAUACAACUAUUCUUGCUAACCUUAUUUCACAAGGCCUUUUUUUACGUAUGGAAAAAGAUGUUACUAUAAGAUGUCGACGUAAUGAUACAAAUCUUGUUAAACAACUUAUUCCUGAUGCAAUGGAUCGUUAUAAACAAGAAUUAAAACAAAAAGAUAUUAAAAUUACAAUUGAUGAUAAGAAUUUUUUACCUGAUGAAUCAGCUGGUGGUGUUGAACUUUAUGCAAUGGGAGAAAAAAUUAAAGUAUCGAAUACAAUUGAAGCUCGACUUUCAAUGAUUUUUAAUCAAAUCUUCCUGAAAUACGAGAAAAAUUAUUUGGUGUUAAUCAAAAUAGAAAAUAUCAUGAUUAAUUUAUUUUAUUUUUCCAUAAACAUUCCGAGAUAG